GCGACGAAUAAUCCAAUCGUAGUAGCUCUUAGUCUAGACCGAUGGUCCGAAAUGAUAUCAUGCGGCACCCGUCGGCAAGGCGUCAUCUAAACCCGUUAUUAUAAAUUUCCCUCAAGGUUCUUUUCCUGCUUCGUCAGACUCGGAGAGCAAGAAGGAUAAGUACUAUUGACCUGCAGUGAAACCCCAUUUUUGCUCCCCCAUCUGUAACUUAUCGACAGUCGCAUCAUGGACCAUCUUUCCCCGGACCAUUUCCUCUCUCUUCCUCGUCCUGACAUUUUAAUUGGAUCACCAGGUGGUGUCGUUGAUACCACCACGCUAGCGGCCCAUGAUUUCGAUGUAGACAAUCGGACUGGUUUUAUGCCCCCUCAGCCCCCUUUGGCGCGUCUUCCGAGGCAGUGGGAGCCCUGGGAGGCAAUGUUUCAGGAAGCGCAAGAAUCUGGGCUUCAAUUAGGGGACAAACCAGGCCUCACGGAUACUCAAAAAAGCGCAUCGGAAACCUGGCGUUCCCGAGUCCGUAAUCUUCCCUUGCUUCCGAUUGAUGAUCUGAAGACAUCAGAGGUUAGGCUUCGACGCGGUCGACACGUCCUAGCGUGGAUUAUGCAUUUCUAUAUUCACUCGCUCCCCCCAAAUGCAUCCAUAGUGAUACCUAGACCCGUCACGAUACCCCUCCUGCAAAUUUCCGCACAGCUCCAGCUUCCUCCCGUUCUCACAUAUUCCGAUGAUGUCCUGUACAAUUGGGACCUCAAAACUCCCUCCGAGUCACCCGUCCCAGCUCUGGACAAUCUUCGCAGCCAGAGUCUUUUCACUAAUACAAACGACGAGCAAGAGUUCUAUCUCACCUCUGCUCGCAUGGAGUUACGCGGUGCAGAAGCGCUCGAGCUAAUGCGAGCCACCAUGGACGAAGCUUUCGUAGGCGACGACAUCGCUAUGUGGCGUAUUACCGGAUUCUUGCAUCGCUUAUCCACAGUCAUCGAUGAGCUGGAAGUCCUACUCCUUAACGUUCGUGAAGGCUGCAAUCCAGAGGUGUUCUAUCACAACAUUCGCCCUUGGUUCAGAGGCGCCGAUUCGGAUCCCCAGAAGCGUGAGUGGAUCUUUGAGGGUCUGGACGAACUAGAUAUACCCUAUCCUUCCGAGCUUUCCGGUCCGAGUGCAGGCCAGAGUUCGCUUGUUCAUGCUUUGGAUAUCUUCCUCGGUGUGGACCGCUACUCCCACUCAUCAGACAUGACCGGCGCGGGAUCCGGUGACAUAUCAGCGAAAAAGGCCUUUCUCAGCCGGAUGCAAUCAUACAUGCCACGCCAUCAUCGACACUUCUUGAAUCAUCUUUCCAAUAACCCGCGGCCGCUGAGAGAUAUCGUGAUGGGUAGAGGAGACCAGAAGCUACUGGCAGCAUAUAAUGAGGCUGUUGGGUCAUUGAAGACAUUCCGGGACGCUCACAUCAUUAUCGUGACACUCUACAUUAUCGGACCCGCUGGUCGCACUAGAAACCUACAGGAAAGAAAGACACCGUUGAAGGGGACUGGAGGCACUGAACUUGCGAAAUUCCUGAAAGAUGUCAGGGAUAGUACAGCUGGGGCACUGUUGAAUGUUGAAACAAAAGCAGAGCCGUAGACCGUAUAUGUCUACAUGGGAAAGGAAACGCGUGUUGCAACCUACUGUUUGUAGAGAGCUCGCCAGAAACAAAGAAAGAAGCAAGAUACACAUGUAUUUGAAUUUUAUGCCUGACCUGACGACGAGUUGAUAGUAAGCAAAUAUAGAAAAGGCUACAGUGUUUUGUCCGAAUACACUUCAGAUUCAGCGGCGGAGGGGGAAUGUAGAGAGAUUAUAGUGUGGCGAAGGCUAAGGAAAC